GCCGCCGGGGCCGUGGGGACACGGGAGGCAGCGGCGGCGACUCUCAGUGCGGCGAUGAAGCUCCUGUGGCUGGGCGUGGAUGUCUCCAGGGUGCUGCACCUGGCCGCCGUGUUCUGCCUGACCUGCGUGCUGCUGAAGGCCAUCCAGCUGUACCACCGGCGGCGGGAGCUGCUCCGGGCGCUGGCCGCCUUCCCCGGGCACCCGACACACUGGCUCUUCGGCCACGUCCACGAGUUUCUCAAGGAGGAAGAGGUGCUGGACAAGGCAGAGAUCUGGGCACAGAAGUACCAACAUGCUCACCCAAUGUGGUUUGGGAGUUUCUCAGCGUUCCUGGUUGUCACCGAUCCCGACUACGCCAAGGUUCUGCUGGCCAGAGGAGAUCCCAAGGAUAACAUCAGCUAUAAACACCUUAUCCCAUGGAUUGGGAACGGGUUGCUGAUCUUACAUGGGCCAAAAUGGCACCAGCAUCGAAAACUCCUGACUCCAGGGUUUCAUUACGACGUCUUGAAACCGUACGUGGGCCUGAUGGCAGAGUCUACUAACGUGAUGCUGGAUAAAUGGGAAAAGCUGAUCACAGAUGGAAAACCAGUGGAGCUCUUCGAGCAUGUCAGCUUGAUGACUCUUGAUAGCAUCAUGAAAUGUGCCUUCAGUUGUCACAGUAACUGUCAGACCAACAGGGAAAACGCCUACAUCCAGGCUGUUUACGACCUCUGCUACAUGGUGGAUCAACGCCUCCGCAUCUUCCCCUACCACAAUGACCUCAUUUACUGGCUCAGCCCCCAAGGAUUUCGGUUCAGGAAGGCCUGCCGGAUCGCUCAUGACCACACAGACAAGGUGAUCCAGGAGAGAAAGGAAUCCCUAAAAGAUGAACGGGAAUUUGAAAAGAUCCAGAAGAAGAGACAUUUGGACUUCUUGGACAUUCUGCUGUGUGCCAAAGAUGAGAAUGGAGCUGGACUGUCCAACGAGGACCUGCGUGCCGAGGUGGACACAUUCAUGUUUGAGGGCCAUGAUACCACAGCCAGUGGGAUCUCCUGGCUCUUCUACUGCCUGGCAUCACACCCUGAGCACCAGGCACGGUGCCGGGAGGAGAUCCAGGGCAUCCUGGGGGACCGGAAGACAAUUCAGUGGGAGGACCUGAGCAAGAUGACUUACAGCACUAUGUGCAUCAAGGAGAGCCUUCGCCUUUACCCACCAGUGCCUGGUGUGGCCCGGCAGCUCGGCAAACCCAUCACCUUCCCUGAUGGAAACACCUUGCCAGAAGGCACCAUUGCUGCAGUAAGCAUUUACCUCAUUCACAGGAACCCUGCAAUAUGGAAAGAUCCUUUGGUGUUUGACCCUUCCCGGUUUUCCCCAGAGAAUGUCUCUGGCAGGCACUCCCACGCCUUUCUGCCUUUUUCUGCUGGAAUGAGGAACUGCAUCGGGCAGCAAUUCGCCAUGAACGAGAUGAAGGUGGCACUGGCUCUGACCCUGCUCCGCUUCGAGCUCUUGCCUGACCCUGCCAAUCCUCCCCUCAAAAUAACUCGGAUCAUUCUUCGCUCCAAGAAUGGGAUUCACCUGUAUCUAAAGAAAAUCUGCUGAUGCUGGAAAACAUCCUGCCUUCACCAGAGGGAGGGACCAAGCAGAUGACGGGACAACGUUUCUCUGGGGCAAAAGUGCAGGGCAGGAUUUGGAGAUGGAGGUUCUUGAUUUCUGUGCUUCUUCCACCAGCUGAAAGCCCUUUCCAGGCUGGGUUAAGGUAGCUGGGAUGACACUGCACAGACCCAUUGCCAUCUGCUCCAGAGCACUGAUCUCGGAGCAGCCAGGCAUGGCCAUGCUGUCUGUCCCCUUGCCCUACCAUAAGGGCUGGCCUGGCAACAUCUGCAGGUCCCACCAGCUUCCUUCUUAACAAAUCCUGCCUUCACACUCAUGUCCUGUGCAAAUAUAUGACCAUUUCCAGCCCUUCUCCGUCGUCAGCACCUUCCUCAGUGCCUAGAGGUCAGCCCUCCUCUCCUGCAGCAGGGACAGUCCAUUGCAGACCUCUGUCUCACUUCUCACACUCAGUGUGUCUCUAUUUUACUGAAAGCACUGAUUCCAGUUUGGGCUCUGAAAUUCUGCCCAAACUGCAAAAUAUUCUGUAGUUUUUGUCUUAAUAAACCAAUAAUUUUUCCUGCAACA